AAAGAGAUAGCUAUAGUCACUUAUAUAAGGAACUAAGCAAAACAGACAACUUGUUAUUCGCCUUCAAAAAGCGAAACGAUUUUGAAACGCACUUGUGAUCGAAAAUUUUACUUUUGGUUUCUGAGACGGAUUUUAGUGGGUUUCUAUAGGAAAAAGCCCUAUACAGUAAAAAAUGUUAACUAGAAACUUGUUCAUGCGAACCCUGUUAUUGAGGGCUCAUAAGAAUGCUGCUGAUAAUUUAAAACUAUCCAAAAGAAACGCUGGACACGGAGUAUGGUCAUACCGUGUUCCACCACCUAUGCCGUCAAAGAAGGUGCAAAAUUUAGCGACCGGCAUUGGAGGCUUGUGCUGGUGGUGGAUCCUGUACCACAUUGCUACUGAACCUGAACACAUUUAUGGUGAAUGGAAGUACAUUGACCCGAGCACAUGGACUAAUGAAGAGCUAGGCAUACCUCCAGAUUCCGAAGGUCCCCUGAAGAAUUAAGUCUGUUGAAAAUAUGUAGAGCAUUGUACAUUUUAAUUUAGCGAGAAAUUUGUUGUUCAAUAAAUAUAAUUUAUGUAAUAUA